AUGGAUCGUGCCAGGAAGCGUGAAUUGCGCUCCUUGAAUACCCGCGCUUGGGAUGGCGAGCAAGAUCUGUUUGCUGUCAGCAAAUCUCUCGAUUCAUCUCUCAAGAAGAAUACCGCCUUCAUCAAGCGCCUUCGAACCGCCGUAUCAGCCGCGACCCUAAACACCUUCCUCCAAGAGAUCCGCACCCUCAGCCUGCACAAGUACCUCUCCGAAAUCGUCUCUGCCUGCUUCGAGGGCCUAUGCAGACUCAAGUCCCCCGGCGAGAUCGAAGCCGGCGUCGAAAUCGUCAGCGCUCUACACCAGCGCUUUGGUCCCAGCGAGUUUACCGAAUACCUAGGAUGGCUGCUUGGGAAGGGAAUGGCAACGCCCGACAAGAGCUUGCUCAAGUCGUUGACACCCGAGGUUCGCGAGAAGGAGGAGAAAGAGCGCUUGACGCGCCAGCGUGUGCUCUUGCGCAUUGUCACCGAGCUUUGGCUUGUUGAUGUUCUGCGAACUCUCGAUGACGUUACAAGACCAGACGAUGCCACCAAGGGUGCUACGGGCAAGGUCGCUGAGCUGAAGCCUAGAGCGCAGGCAAACAGGAGCGGUGCUACCGAGCCCUUCCCGCUCGAGGUACUGAAGGAUCUGCUUGGCCAUGAUCGGGAACACGUAAACCUGCCUCUACUCGUCAUCUUCGUAAAGGCCUUCAGCUGGGAUAUCUUGGGCGUCAAGUCUACGGCUGCCGAGGGACGAAAGACAGUUGAGGAGGACGGCGCGACCAAGACUGCGAACGGAAUUGCGCACGGAGAGAGUGGCGGCGAAGACCAAGUUAUCGACACCGAAGAUCAGCCGUUCACGCCUCCUGAGCUCCAGGAGAAGUUCAAGACUAUCCUUAAAAAGUACUUUGAGGACGUCAAGAGCCAUGUCGUUCGAGACCAAAAAUCGAUCCAUUCUCAAGCUCGCCGCAAUGCUGAGGCCUACGUCAAGUCGGGCGAAGUCUUUGAAGAUCGCCAGGCCAACUUUGAAAAGCAAAUGAAGGCCCAGGAGCGGCUGGUAGCCAAUGCCCAGGCCAUCGCUGACGCCAUUGGCGCUGAUAUGCCUGAUCUCAAGGAGAGCGAUGACUCGUUGGCCAACACCAAUGGCUCAAUCGGUCUGGUCAAGGCCGGCGACUAUCUUCGUGGCCUUGGUGACGGUGCUGGUAUUUGGGAAGACGAAGAUGAGCGACGCUUCUACGAAAAUCUCGUCGACCUGAAGGGCAAAGUUCCGGGCAUUCUUUUGGACGACGGUAAGAAGAAGAAGUCCGAUAACGAGGAGCAAGUGGGCAGGAAAGUAGAAGUUACCGAUGCACCGGAAACUCCCAAAGUCCCGGACGCAGCCGAAGACCAGUCCACCUCCAUUGCCAACAAGACGAUUGGCGCUCAGGUGGACGCAGUGUUGGCUCGCUUGCCAGAUCUCACCAACAAGGACGUGAUUGACCAAGCCGCUAUCGACUUCUGCUAUCUCAACUCGAAAGCCUCUCGCAACAGACUGAUCAAGGCUUUGACUGAAGUCCCCAAAGGUCGCGGCGACCUGUUGCCGUCAUGGGCCAGGCUCGCUGCCACUCUGGGCAGAUACAUGCCGGAUAUCCCCAAAGGUCUCGUCGACUAUCUUGAUGCCGAGUUUCGCAGUCUGCAGAGACGAAAGGACAAAGACUUCCUGGGCCAAGUACGCUUGAGCAAUAUUCGCUACCUUGCUGAAUUGACCAAAUUUGGCAUCGUCCCGGAGCAUGUUGUGUUUCAUUGUCUCAAGGUCAGCCUCGACGACUUCUCUAGGAUGAACAUCGAGAUCAUCUGCAAUCUCUUAGAGAACUGCGGGCGAUACCUCCUGCGGAACCCGGAGACUUCACCACGCAUGGCAACCUUUCUCGAGACAUUGCAACGCAAGAAGUCUGUCCAGCACAUUGGCCAAGCCGAACGCAUGCUCAUUGAGAACGCCGUCUACUACGUUGACCCUCCUGACCGGCCAGCCAUUCAACAAAAGGAGCGCACUCCCAUGGAGCUGUUUAUUCGCAAGUUGAUCUAUAUGGAUAUGACUAAGCGUAAUUACAGUAAGGUCUUGAAGCAGAUUCGCAGACUCCACUGGGAGGAGGCCGAGGUCGUCACCAUUCUUGAAAAGGUUUUCUCCAAGCCGGGCAAAGUCAAGUACGGCAAUAUCCAUCUUCUCGCAAUUCUCCUCAGCGCAAUCUACCGGUACCACCCAGCUUUCGUUGUCAGGGUUAUUGACACUGUCAUGGAGUCGAUCAGCUUCGGGCUGGAGCAGAACGACUUCAAGUUCUACCAGCGAAGGAUUUCUGAGGUCAAGUACAUUGGUGAACUCUACAACUACCGAAUGGUUGAGCAUCCGGUCGUCUUCGACACCAUGUACAAGAUCAUGACUUUUGGCCAUGGUGGUCCGCCCAUUCCUGGUCGACUGAAUCAUUUUGAUUUGCCCGAUGAUUUCUUCCGUAUUCGUCUGAUUGCGACUAUCUUGGAGACCUGUGGCAUGUACUUUGCCAAGGGUGCGGCUGGCAAGAAGUUGGACUACUUCUUGUCGUUCUUCCAGUACUAUAUCUACACCAAGCAGUCGCUGCCCAUGGAUAUCGAGUUCAUUGUUCAAGACACUUUCGCCCUUACACGACCGCAGUGGAAAUUGGCAACUAACCUCGAAGAGGCUUCCAAAGCAUUCCAACUUGCCAUAGCUCAGGACCAAAAGGUUUCGGGAGCUGACAAGACGCUCGAGGCCGAUGAUGCAUCCAUUGGGUCAUCUUCGGACGAUGAGGAUGGAGAUGAACACUUGCCUGAGCCCGAAGCUGACGAAGAAGAGUCUGGUUCCGACGAAGAUGCCGAAGAUAACGACGUCGACAUGUCUCACGCUGACUCCGACAGCGAGGAUGAGGCCAUCGUGGUUACUCGUCAGCAGGAACAAGUUGAUCCGGAAGCCGAGGCCGAGUUUGAACGUGAAUACGCUAAGAUGAUGGCCGAGAGUCUGGAAUCUCGAAAGUUCGAGCGCAAACCCUUGUUCGACGUGCCACUGCCCGUCCGCGGCAAAAGCAAGGAUCCAGCAACAGCAGCCGACCCUGGAGAUACUGGUGUCCCCACUCCAAGUAGCACCAUGGCCUUUUCGCUCUUGACGAAGAAGGGCAACCGGCAGCAGACGCGGACCGUGGAACUUCCUUCCGACUCAACAUUUGCUGUGGCUAUGAAAACUCAGCAACAAGCCGAAAGAGAGGAGCAGCAACGCAUCAAGAACCUUGUGUUGAACUAUGAUCUUCGCGAGAGCGAGGACCAGGAUGGUAACGACUGCCCAAAACCAAUUAAAGGACACCUAGAUAUUCACAUCCCCCAAGCAGGCCACGAGAAGCCAACUUCCUAUCACCACAAUCGAACAGAUCGCGGAAAAGACCGUGGCGGACAACGGGUUCGCAAGCUUCAGCUAAGUGACGUUGAUUGGUAUGAGUCAUCAACCAAGCGUGGAAACUAUUUUGCGCGGGCGCAUCCUCCUCGCUCCGACUGGGACGUAGAAGCUGGUAACGAUGUAGAGCAAUCAGAGACUUCUCCAACACAUCGUCACGGCACUGUUCACAAGCGUCACAUGUCGGCCAUGCAUUCUACGCCCAGACCAGGAGAUCGGAAGGAACAGCCUCGCCGGGUUCGCAAGUGCCAGUAG